CCAGUUCACUCCCCGCGUAUUCCGGACGCUCCCCUUCCAAAUUUGACCGUUGGGAGCGCUAUCCGCCACAGCAUUCAAUGCACGCGAGUCGCUUUUCACUGGAAAUAAAUCACAUCCCGGGUGAGACCGGCGGCAUUGGCGUAACCCAACGAGUUGUAUACCAGAGGAAAAAAACGAGCCUUUUCUCUGAUUCUCCUCUUUUUAUAUUCCAUCCGUUGUUCUCCCACUCUCCCUAAUGCUUUAUUCUCUGCUAUUUGCUCUGCUUUUUAUCCCCUAUUUUUCUAGAAAUUCAUGCAAGGAGUGGUAGAGGGAAGAGCAGGCGAAGGAGGAGGAGGAGGAGGAGGGAAGACAGGAGGGUUCGGUUUGAUGCCGAAGGGUUCUCUGGAAGAAAAUGGAGGAGGAGAAGGAGAAGGGAAGAAGAGUGAGGUUUUGGAGGUGGUGGCGGGCCAUCCGUACGAUUUCCAUGUGUCGGGCCCUCGCAAUAUCUCCUCUCCCAACUGGAGAGAUCUCAUGCGCUCCAGCUGGAGGGAUCCAAAUUACAGGAGGACUGUGAUGGCAUGUUUUAUACAGGCAGUCUACUUGCUAGAACUAGACAGACAAGAAAGAAGAACCAAAGAGAAUGGUCUUGCUCCACAAUGGUGGAAGCCCUUCAAAUACAAGCUGACAAAGACCUUAGUGGAUGGGAGGGAUGGCUCUGUUUAUGGCGCUGUUCUAGAGCGGGAGCGCUCUGCUGCUUUAUCUGAUUUGAUAUUGCUGCGACCAAAUGGGGCACCAAAGGCUGUCCUUGCACUCAGGGGAACACUACUGAAGAGCCCAACCAUUAGAAGAGAUAUAGAGGAUGAUCUUCGCUUCUUGGCCUGGGAAAGCUUGAAAGGUUCAGUUAGGUUUCAUGGGGCUUUGGAAGCACUGAAAACGGUCGCUGACAGGUUUGGCAGCAACAAUGUGUGCAUCGGUGGCCAUUCCUUGGGGGCUGGUUUUGCUCUCCAAGUAGGCAAAGCACUGGCCAAGCAAGGGGUGUUUGUGGAGUGCCAUGUGUUUAAUCCACCCUCUGUUUCAAUGGCCAUGAGUGUGAGAAUUAUCAGCGAGAAGGCUGGCUUUCUCUGGAAGAAAAUUAAGGCAAGGUUGCCUUCGAAACAUGAAGUUUUGCGCGAGAGCGAGGAGGAGGCUUCUGGAAAUGAAGAAAAUAAAUUACAGGCAGAGAUAAAGAAAUGGGUACCGAAUUUAUAUGUAAAUAAUAGUGAUUACAUUUGUUGUUAUUACAUUGAUUCUGCUGGCACUGCUGUUGCUACCAGUGGGGGUUCAAACAAGACAUAUACAAAUGGUGGGAAUGGAGAUAUAGCAGCAAAGCUUUUUGUGAUGUCCAAGGGGCCAAAGAAAUUUCUUGAAGCUCAUGGGUUGGAGCAAUGGUGGGCUGAUGAUAUGGAACUCCAACUAGCCCUCCAAAACAGCAAGCUCAUAAAUAGGCAGCUAAGGUCUUUAUAUACAACACCACCAACCCUACCUCCUGGGAAAUCAUAGUUGGAGCUACUGCCAGGAUCUCUAGAAUUUUCUUCUCCUCACUUAUCCAGUUCUCGCAGUAUGUCAUGCUCUUCUUGAGUAUGGUUCAAGUAACUUGCAGUUUAUACCCUUUUAUCUUUCAUAAGCAUAAGCAUUCACUUGUUAUCUACUCUUUUAAUUAGAUGCUAGAAAUCAAUGUACUCGGUCUGGUGCAAGUUAAUGGGAAGGAUUUUUCCUCCAUCUGACUUUUAUUAGCUUUCAAGAAAGCAAUGAAUAAAAUAACAAUUUUCUUUUGAAGAAAAA